CCGCCCCCGCAACCUGUGCUGGAUUCGGUUUGACCCUGCACGCCUGGCACCAUGCGACUGGAAGCGAUCCGCUACUCUCCGGGCUCGCUGCAGAUCCUCGACCAGCUGCAGCUGCCCGAGCACUGCCGCUACGAGACGCUGAGCUCCGUGCAGCAGGCCAGGGAGGCCAUCCGCACCAUGAAGGUGCGCGGCGCCCCCGCCAUCGCGCUGGUGGGCUGCCUCAGCCUGGCCGUGGAGCUGCGGGCGGGCGCCGGCGGGCCGGGGCUCGCUGCUCUGGUGGCCUUCGUGCGAGACCAGCUGCUCCUCCUCGUCGCCGCCCGGCCCACCGCUGUCAACAUAGCCCGCGCCGCCCGCGAUCUGACUCGCGAGGCGGCCCUGGAGGCAGAACGAGAGGGUGCCACUGAGGAGACAGUGCGGGAAAGAGUGAUCCGCCGCGCCGAGGACAUGUUGGAGAAGGACCUCAGAGAUAACCGGAGCAUCGGCGACUUGGGAGCCCGCCAUCUCCUAGAGCACGCCAAUCCCGGAGGCGGCAAGGUGACUGUGCUGACCCACUGUAACACUGGCGCUCUGGCCACUGCUGGCUAUGGUACAGCCCUAGGUGUGAUCCGUUCCCUGCAUGAGAUGGGCCGGCUGGAGCACACCUUCUGCACGGAGACCCGGCCCUACAACCAGGGAGCCCGGCUGACGGCCUUUGAGCUGGUGUAUGAGCAGAUCCCUGCUACUCUCAUCACGGAUAGCAUGGCAGCUGCUGCCAUGGCACACCAGGGUGUAUCAGCGGUGGUGGUAGGAGCUGACCGUGUCGUUGCCAACGGAGACACAGCCAACAAAAUAGGCACCUACCAGCUGGCCAUCGUCGCCAAGCACCACGGUGUCCCCUUCUACGUGGCUGCCCCCAGCUCAUCCUGUGACCUCCAUCUGGAGACUGGAAAGGAGAUUGUCAUAGAGGAACGCCCCAGCCAGGAGCUGACUGACUUGAAUGGAGUCAGGAUUGCAGCACAGGGAAUACGGGUUUGGAAUCCUGCCUUUGACGUCACCCCCCACGAGCUCAUCACCGGUGGCAUCAUCACUGAGCUGGGCGUCUUUGCCCCUGAGGAGCUCCGGACAGCUCUAAGUGCCUCCAUCUUUUCAGAAGGACAGACCCUAGACAGUCCCCAGAUGUGACUAGCUGGCUGUCCCUGCCCUGCCCUGCCCUGCCCUGCUUUCCUGUGGUUUUAUAAUAAAGUUCUCAACCGGCUACCCAGAAGUUCAUCCUCACCCACAGCCCCUCUUCCGGCUACAGGACCAGGCAGGAUUCUCCAGGCUCUGCAGAGUCCCAGCAUCCACAACAGAGCUGCCCAAGUUCAUGUCCCAGGUCCGUCCUUUGAAUGAUCUAUGCAUGGGGUGAAAAGCCAGCUGUGGGGGUACACACCUGUAGUCCUAGCUCCUGGAAGGCUGAGGCAGCAGGAUUUCUUUGGAUUUUAGGCUACACUGGCCUACAGAUUGAAAACCCAAAGAAUCCAAAGCAGGCAUAGGAUAAUCAA